UUUCAAUGCGUGCACCCAGGAAGAGCGCCGGUGGAGUUUGUUGGAGGAGAGAAGGCAGAAAGAGUUAAACUCUUCCCUAACCGAAGAAGAGCAGCAAGACAGCCCACGCAGUUCAAAACUAGAGCCAGAACCAGAGCCAGAACCAGAACCAGAAUCGAAGGCCAGUUCUCCCCCAAACUCCCCAGAGCAGGCCCUCCAGCAGCACAGCCUGCCCCUCUUCCUCUCUCCCAACUUCGACCUCCGGGCCCACGUGGAGUCUCUGGGUCACGGAGUGACCGGCUGCAUGGACCUGCGGCUGACGCCUCGGCGCUGCGCCGGCUUCCUGACCAAAAGAGGGGGGCGGGUCAAGACCUGGAAGAAGAGAUGGUUCCUGUUCGACAUGGACCACAAACGACUCGCCUACUAUACAGAUUGUGACGAGAGGAAGCUGAAGGGAGUCAUCUACUUCCAGGCCAUAGAGGAAGUUUACCUGGACCAUCUACGAACCGCCGCCUCCUCUUCGCGGCCCAGCCUGACGUUCUGCGUGAAGACGUACGACCGUCUCUUCUUUCUGGUGGCGACCAAUCCGGUGUCCAUGCGGAUUUGGAUGGACGUCAUUGUCACGGCAACAGACGAGCACAGCCGUUAUUGACCUCUUGCAGUAGUGACAGCGAAAGAAGAAAAAAAACACCAGCGAAGCCGCUGCAUGCAGUGAGCCAUCUCACCCAGCAUGGGGGUGCGGUUUUGGGCUGAGGUCCACCUCGGAGAGCUGCUUCUGCUCCCGCACUGACGGAUCUGUGGACGUGUGAGGGAGACGAGGAGGUGCAGUGGUUCUGGAUGCCAGACAGAAGUGCUUGAAAAACACAGCAGAGGAAACUGUUACUUGACGCAUGAGUGGCAGCAGAGGUUCACAUACUGAACCAAAAGCAGCUGGACACGUGGGAAGUCAGUUACUGGGAGGCUUCGGGCCUUGAGCCCUACCUCCCCCUGCUGGUCACAGUGCAGCAUCACAGGACGAGUGGACACUACGACGCUACAACAGGGAGUGGACACAAUAAUAGCAACACUGUACAAUAUAAUGCAAUCCAAUAAAACAACCCAGCAAUAAAACAUCAUAUUAGACGAACAAAGAGGUCUUGUUUUUUUUCAUGUUUUUUUUAUUUAUUAUUAUUUUCUGUUGGAUUGUUUUAUAUUGCCAGGUGUUUCCACAAAUGUAUCCAUAUCAUGUCUUUUUGUUUUUCUAAAUGACAUUUUCAUGACGUAAGUUAUUAUUUGGAAUUUGUUAUGGGUUUGAUAUGCAAGUAAAUGAAGGCGUACACUGUUAUGAAUGCACUAUUAAAUGUUUAUGUUUUCCCAUCA